UACAGAUCCCUCCACUGUUGUACUGGGAUACGAGCAACCUACACAAGAUUCAACCAUGGAUCUUGUGCUGAACGUUGCUGACUAUUAUGUCCUCACCCCGUAUGUGUACCCUGUGUCGUGGCCUGAGGACGGCGCCCUGCGGCAGAUUAUCAGCCUGUUGGUGCUGACCAACCUCGGGGCUGCAGUCCUGUACCUGGGCCUGGGAGCCAUCAGCUACUUCUUCAUCUUUGACCACAAUCUGAUGAAACACCCGCACUUCUUAGAGAAUCAGGUUCAGAGGGAGAUCAAAUAUGCGAUGACUUCUCUCCCUUGGAUCAGCAUCCCAACAGUGGCACUGUUUUUCGCUGAAGUUCGAGGAUACAGCAAACUGUAUGAUAACGUCAACGAGUCUCCGCUGGGUUGGCCUGGGCUCUUCCUGAGUAUGAUCUCCUUCCUUUUCUUUACUGACAUGUGCAUCUACUGGAUUCAUCGGUUCUUACAUCAUAAGCUUAUUUACAAGCUGUUUCACAAACCCCACCACUUGUGGAAAAUUCCCACUCCCUUUGCCAGCCACGCCUUUCAUCCAGUUGACGGCUUCAUGCAGGGACUCCCGUACCACAUCUACCCCUUUCUCUUCCCCCUCCACAAGGUACUCUACUUGGCCCUCUACAUUUUCGUCAACAUCUGGACCAUCUCGAUCCACGACGGUGACUAUCGCGUCCCUAGCGCUCUGACGGGUGCCAUCAACGGCUCGGCUCACCACACCGACCACCACCUGUUCUUUGAAUACAAUUACGGUCAAUACUUCACUCUGUGGGACCGCCUUGGAGGCUCCUACAGGCACCCGUCGGCUCUGAUGGGGAAAGGUCCCCACGAUCUGAUCCGUAAACUUGAAGCAGAGGGGAAGUUUGGAGAUGACAGAGUGAAGAGUAAAGGGCAAGUGAACGGACAUGCUCAGAGAGGAGUCACAUGUAAGGAGGAGUAACAGUAGGGAAGGUUAAAUUCUGAAAGUGAAAUCUAUUUUUGUAAAGACUGUGUGCAACACCCACUUUCAGCUGUAAUAAUUGAGUUUUGCACUUGCCAAAUAUGCUGUUGUGAGAUUUUAAAUGCAAGUUAAUAAGGUGCAGGAUGGCUAACUCUGGAUUUACCCAAUUAGAGGCAAGCUUUUGGAUCGCUGCAUUUUUGAUACACCAAUCAAGCCAGUUGGCCUAAUUCAUUUGCAGUGCUUAUAAGUGAAGCAAAAGGUGAUAAAGUUUCAAUAUGCUGCUCAGGAGUUUUUACUUUUUGCAGACCUAAAACAGAGCCGAGAGACUUAAGGAGUAUCAAAAGGCUGGAGCUGCUACACUGUCAGUGAAUGACACUAAUAGUGAAGUUUGACAUAAUUAUUAGAAACUGAAACCAGUGUCACAAAGACUUUUUUACUACAUUUCUACAUUUAACAAGUAGUUUUUUGUUGUAAGUUCAGACUGGAUGUUUAACAUGAAAACCAACAACUACUUCAACUGUUACUUCUGGCAUUUUUCAAAAAUUCUCAAAAUUGUGAACAUUUAUAUUACUUAUAAAAUUUAACUUUACUCUA